AGGACGGAAACAAAGCCGGAGAGCUGGUUUAUUAGUUUCCCUCGCGACACUGUACGGUGCUCACUGUUAUUGUCUGGUCAAUGGGCAAUCGGUGCGAACGGGUUUUAUUCACCAUUCCCACUACGCACGUCUCCUCCUGAACUACUACUCACUUUAUUUCCAGUGAUUUGUGUGUGAACUUGUUUGUUUUUUUUUUAUAUUCACUUCCCCGUUAUUUUUUUCGGAUCGGAUCGCACGAGAAGGGGUGGACGAUAGAUUUAUUCGCGGCAUGAGCUAAAAUGUGAUAGGGGUUCUCGACUGUUUGCCGGCAAAAUGCUGACGGUCCGUGGAUUUGUGCUUGUCGGUGUCGUCGGUUUGGUGUGCUGUGCGAACACGACCCCCAAAGGGAAUUACAGCGAGGAAUUAGGUGCGACGACGUGUUCGCCGAACCACUUCCGCUGCAACAACGGCGAGUGCAUCCUGUCGGCGCUGCAAUGCGACUCGAAGCCCCAUUGCACCGACGGCAGCGACGAGAGCGCCGAGGAGUGUCUCAGGAAGCAGCAGUGCAAUCCCAAUUCGUUCAAGUGCGCACUGACCAAGAAAUGCGUGCCCAGCGGUUGGGUGUGCGACGAGGAGCCGGACUGCGGGAGGUCGCAGGAAUUCGGUGAAGAUCUGUCGGACGAGGACCCGCAGCACUGUCACAAGACGAUGACUUGCCAGUGGAACGAGGCGCUGUGCGGCGACGAGACGAAGUGCGUUCACAUUCAGAAGUUCUGCGACGGCAAAGGGGACUGUCCGGGUAACAGCGACGAGUGGGACUUCUGCAGGAAUCACACCGUCAGUUGUGAUACACUGCAAUGCAGCUAUGGAUGUAAACAAACACCGGCCGGCCCCAAAUGCUACUGCCCGGACGGCAAGAAGCCGGAGGGCCCGAAAUGCGUGGACGCCAACGAGUGCGAGCUGGACGGAUCCUGCGCACAAAAGUGCAUCAACACCGAAGGAUCCUUCGUGUGCGACUGCGUGUCCGGCUACAUCAAAAACGGAACCAACUGCAUCGCCGUCAAUUUUCCCCCAAACGAACCGCCGUCGUUGGUGUACUCCACCCAGUCGGAAAUCAAGCGGAUCACGCUCGACGGGAAACCCUGGCCGGGCAACUCGUCGAUACGGGUGCUCAACAGCAACGCGCUGGAGUUCAACCAUCGCAACAACACGAUCUGUUACAUCCACCACAACGUGACGAAGACGUCCAUGGUGUGCGCCAACAUCACGGACAUGAACGAAAAAUGGGAGUUGACUGAACCUUCGCCUCUUCUCGAGGUGGAGUCCAUACAGCAGAUGGCUUUGGAUUGGGUGUCCGGAAACUGGUACUUUUUGGAUGAUCAGAGGGAGUUGAUCGUUCUGUGCUCGGCAAAUUUGCGGUGGUGCAACUUGUUGAUUGACUACGACCUGGGCAAACCCAGAGGCUUGGCUCUGGAUCCCACAAGCGGUUACAUGUUCUUCAGCAAAUGGGGUCACUCGCCACCCAUGCUAGAGCGUUGUAAACUAGACGGAACGGAACGGCAGACCAUAGUCAACAAAAAAAUUGUUUAUCCUUACGGGGUGGCCGUUGAUUAUCCCAAUAAACACGUUUAUUGGAUAGACACAUACUUGGACUAUGUCGAAAGGGUGGAUUAUGAUGGCAAGCACAGAAAGACGGUCAUGCAAGGGAUAAGUGUGCAGAAUUUGUAUGGAAUCGCACCCUUCGAAAACAAGCUAUACGUUUCAUCCUGGUACAAGAACAGCAUAUUACAGCUGGACAAGUACCACCAUGAGGACAAAGAGAUCGUCACCAAUAUUGGACGUCCAUUCAACAUACACGUGUACCACAGACAGCGACAGCCUGACGUUGCACAUCCCUGCAAAUCUGAUACCCAAUGUGAACAUAUUUGUGUACCCUUAUGGAACAAGGACAUCGCCAUAGGGAAAUGUAUGUGUUCUUCCGGCUACCGCCUGAUACAAAACAAGUGUGUCAUUUACACUCCCCCGAAGUUUCUCUUUAUCUCAAAAAGCAUCCCCUACUCGAUUAAAGGGGCGGACUUGGAAUACGGUUAUGACACCAUGAUUCCAAUAACCAAAAUCGGCUUGCCCAAAGCCUUAGAAUACGACGCUGCCGACAAUGCCCUGUUUUAUGCCGACUCCCUUAGUAUGACCAUCAACAUGGUACCAGUUAAUGAUACAGUCAACAUCACGGUACUAGUGAACAACACAGUCUGCGACGGGCUGUCAUUCGAUUGGAUAUCCAGAAAUUUGUAUUACACAAGCAUGGAACGGGGCAGCAUAGGGGUUGUUAAACUAUCCAACAACACCAUAGUCAGAACGCUAAUCCAAAGUAACAAUCUUAGCCCACGAUCCAUAGCAGUGGAUCCCACUAGGGGCGUAAUGUACUGGGCAGAUUGGUCCAACAUGUCCCCAGACAAGGGUCACAUAGACACAGCUUUCAUGAACGGCCGAAAUCGGACCAUAUUCGUCAGCCACGACGUGCACUGGCCAACCGGUUUGACCAUUGACUUCGAAGCCAGACGCUUGUAUUGGUGUGAUAAACACCUGAAGAAGGUGGAGAGCGUGGACUUCAACGGCGGCACCAGAAAAACUGAGCUGUCUGAAGGUUUGAACGUACCGAUGAGUCUCACGUUGGACUUCAGGGAUGGCGAGAGGGUGUUCUACUUGAUCGACAAGGGGAUACUUAUGAAGUACUCCGAGAAAACUGGCUUGGUGCCACAGAAUAAGUACUACCAGGGUAACCCGCUGUUCUACAACUUGAAGAUAUUCGACAACAGCAGUCAGCAAUUGGGCGACAACAAUUGUAAGGGUCCAAACAAUCUGUGUCCGGAGCUGUGUUUGCCCACACCCACACACACCGAGUGCUCAUGCCUGGACGGCUACCAGUACACGAACGGCACAUGCGUGAAACAGCAGAACUACAAGCCACCGUCGUUCUGCCCCCCGAACUAUUUCCAGUGCGAACAGGUGCGCAUCUGCAUCCCGGAGAGCUACCUGUGCGACGGCGUCGACAACUGCGAGGACGGCAGCGACGAGUCAGCCGACGUGGGGGCGCCCUGUCAGAACAUCACGUGCGGCAAGAGCCAAUUCAAGUGCGACAAGACGACGUGCAUCAUGUUGCACUGGGUGUGCGACGGCGAGAACGACUGCGUCGACGGCACGGACGAGGAUCCGGCCAGGUGUUCGAAGAUGUGCAGCGCCUCUCAAUUUAAGUGCAAGGAGUCGGGCCGAUGCAUCGCGAUGGGUUGGAGAUGCGACCACGUCAACGACUGCGGACCAGGAGACGACAGCGACGAACGCGACUGCAAGGUAAACACGUGCGACCUGAACGAGUUCACGUGCAAGAACAGUCAGUGCAUCCCACUUUCGUACUACUGCGACUCGAUCGAGGACUGCGACGACGGAUCAGACGAGCUAAACUGCCCCGUUUGUCAUCCGCCCAAUCAGAUAUUCUGCGCUCCGCUAAGCCAAUGUCUGAGCAGUUCCGUGAGGUGCGACGGCACGAAAGACUGUCCGGAUGGUUCGGACGAAAGGGACUGCGGGAAGCAGCCGUGCGACGUGGGUGAAUUCGCCUGUUCGAAUUUCGAAUGCAUUCCAAAGAUGUUUGUUUGCGACACGGACAUCGAUUGCCUGGACGGUUCAGAUGAAAUUAACUGCGACCCUACCGAAAUAAAAAACAGACAGAAAACUUGUCCCUCUCCCAACAUCUCCUGUGACAACUACACGAAAUGCAUCACACCGGCUCAGAUGUGCGACCACAAACAGGACUGUCAAGACUUCACCGACGAAGGAGUCGCCUGUAAUUCCACAAGAAAUCCUGCCGUAUUACACAACUGCGAGUAUCCCAACAGGCUUUGCGACAACGACACGAAAUGCAUCCAGGCCGACCAACUUUGCGACGAGGUAAAACACUGCGACGAUGGAAGUGACGAAGGUAUGAGAUGUUCCGAAAGGUUGUGCGACCACAGUUAUUCGUGCUCCCACAACUGCCACAACGCGCCAGAGGGAUUACUGUGUUCUUGUCCGGCCCACCUUCACCUUCAAGCCGACAGAACCACUUGCCUGGAGACGCAUCCGUGCGAAGGUUGGGGUGUGUGUUCGCAGAAAUGCAGGCCCCGAGGUUCAAACUACACCUGCUACUGCAAUCCGGGAUACGUUUUACAGAAAGAUCGAUUUACUUGUAAAAGCAUCGAUCCCGGUAGUCCACAUGUUAUUUUCAGCAACCGGUACGAACUGAGGGGCAUACAACUGAUCAAUUUUGGCCUCAAGUCAUUCAUUACCGAUUUGAAGAACACCAUAACGUUAGACUUUUACCAUAAAAACGGCUCUGACUUGGUCUUCUGGACGGACAUAGUCGAUGACAAAAUAUACCGAGGCACGAUUCUUGGCGGAUUCAUAGGUAAAACGGAGGUGGUGGUCCAGACGGGACUGACCAGAGCGGAGGGCUUGGCCGUCGACUGGAUAGGCGAAAACUUAUACUGGAUCGAAAGUAACUUGGAUCAGAUAGAAGUGGCGAAACUGGACGGACGAUUUCGACGCACUUUAGUAGCGGGUGAUAUGGAGAGUCCCAGAGCCAUAGCCGUGGAUCCCAGGGAUGGUUUGCUCUUCUGGACCGACUGGGAGAAAUCAAUGCCGAGGAUCGAGAGAUGUUCCUUGGCUGGGCUGGAUAGAAUGAUCGUUGUGAGGGUGGACGAUGACAACGGCGGAUGGCCCAACGGUCUUACCCUGGACUACGACACAAGAAGAAUAUAUUGGAUAGACGCCAAGUCGGAUUCCAUUCACACAACCAAAUACGACGGCAGCGAUCACCACGAAGUUAUGACUAAGCACGAGUUGCUCUCCCAUCCGUUCGCCAUCACUCUGUUCGAGAAUUACGUAUACUGGACGGACUGGCGGACGAACAGUGUGGUGAGGGCUAACAAAUGGACUGGGGGCGAUGUUAAAGUGGUGCAAAGAACGAAAACCCAACCAUUCGACAUUAAAGUUAUGCAUCCUAGUAGACAACCCACAGACGGAAUUAAUCCAUGUGGGAACAACAACGGAGGAUGCUCGCAUCUUUGUCUGCUGCAUCUCAAUCACACCUUUAGAUGUGACUGCCCCCACAUCAUGAAGCUUAGUACUGACAAUAAAACGUGCGUGAAAAACGAGAAGGUACUGCUGAUCGCCAGAAGUAGCGAAAUUCGCGGCGUGGAUAUAACACAGCCCUACUACCAUACCAUCCCCACCAUAAGUGUGCCCCAGGUCCUCGGCCCAGUUCAACUUGAAUACACCGCCAAUAACAGCAUGUUGUAUUGGGCUGAUACCCACAUCAACGAAAUAAAACGUUCAGGUUUAACAUCCGGUCCAACGGAAACGCUCAUAGACACCACCGGAUUGCAACACCCUUCAGGUCUGGCCAUUGAUUGGGUCUCCAAUUUGAUGUUCGUUUCAUCACCUAGUGGAAUGACUGUGUGCAAUCUAGACGGAGAAUACAGUACUUUAUUAAUUGAAAACGAAGUAAUAUUAUCGGUGGCGGCGAAUCCUCACCAGGGACGGUUAUUCUUUAUAAGCACUGACGAGAUAGUGGCCAAUCUGGAAACCAGUCUAAUGGAUGGGAGUGCCAGGAAAGUACUUAUUCCAAAUUUAAACAUAACAUCCAAGAGUUUAACAAUAGAUUUCGAGUCAAAUAGACUCUACUGGAUCAGUCAUUCCGAAAUCUACUACAGCAACUUCGACGGCUCGAGCAUAACUAAAUUAAACCUGACCAGUUACAUCACGGCCGUUACCGUAUAUCAAGACAAGAUAUUCUACGCGGACGACAACGAAGACUUGUGCAUCCGAGUAGCCGAUAAAACCACUGGAGAAAACGACACCCUCUUAAGAAAUGGGACGGGAGGCGUCCUGGCUUUAAGAAUCUACGAUCCAUCCGAACAAAAGGGUUCCCACCCCUGCCAGAUCAACAAGGGAGGUUGCCAACACUUGUGCCUUCCCAUUUCGAGCAACGGGUACACGUGCAAAUGCGCCACCGGAUACAACAGGGACCCUAAGAACGCUUCUAGCUGCAUCGCCGUGGACGAGUUCAUAUUUUACUCUUUGAAUUGGGAACUGCAAGGUUUGGCCAUGGACGGCAACAACAGUACCCACGUCCUAGGACCCAUUUCGAGGGUGAUAAGCGCCACAGCCAUCGACUUUGAUGCCGCCGAAGACACGAUCUUUUGGGCGGACGGAGAUCACGGCACGGUGACGAGACUCAAACGUGACGGUACUAAACGGAAGUUGGUACUGGAGCAAGUGGGUCUGGAUACCGGGCCGUUGGAGUGGCUCACUGGCUUCACCAUAGACUGGAUUGGCAAAAACAUGUUCUGGUGUGAUUCCAAGCGUGACGUGAUAGAAGUGGCUAGUUUGGAUGGUACCAAACAAAACGUGUUACUAUCGAACGACAUCGGCAAGUCUACAAAUCUCGUGGUGGAUCCGGUGAAAGGUUAUUUGGUUUGGGCCAGCGGUUCUAAGAUAGAAAUCGCCACGAUGGACGGGUUGAACAGGAAGGUUUUGACGCAGAAUUUGCGUUUAGUUUCGGACAUCACGGUGGACUCGAACAGUGAGACCGUUUACUUCACGGACUCCGGAAGUAAUACCAUUAGCAGGGUGAAGUACAACGGAACUGGUUACGAAGUGCUACUCAACCACUCUUUGGAGAAUCCGGUGGGUGUGACCGUCCUCGAUGACAAGAUUUACUGGCUGGAUUCUAUUCACAAGGGAGGAAGUAUCAAAGUGGCGCCCCUAACAAAUCUGUCGGAUUUCAAAGUGUUACAGCAAGAUUUGGGCGACUCCCUCAAGGACAUUCAAAUAUUUUCGCGUCGGAAACAAAACGGCACCAAUCCUUGCGCUAUUAACAAUGGAGGGUGUGAGCAGUUGUGUCUUUUUAAUAGCACACACCCGGUUUGUUUGUGUCCUCAUGGUAAACUCAGUGCCAACGGCAAAGAUUGCGAGGCUUAUCAGAGCUUCUUGAUGUACUCGAAAAUUGUCAGCAUCGAGUCUAUCCAAAUGCAAAACGACAACAAUUUACAGAACUCGCCACAUCCUAGCAUUAAGAACAGCACGUUAUUAAAGAACGCUAUUGGACUGGCGUUUAGUUAUAAACAUCAGCGACUGUUCUACUCCGACAUUUCGGUACAAAAAGGUUCCAUUCAUGCCGUGUUUUAUAAUGGAAGUGACCAUAAAAUGAUUGUGGAAAGGCAAGGAUCAGUGGAGGGUUUAGCGUAUGAACCCUUGUACAACUCCCUGUACUGGACAUGUAACAACGAAGCCACAAUAAACCGAGUAAACCUCACCGAAGCCAUGACCAACGCCUCAAAGGUGGAAGUGAUAGUACGUCUCCGCUCUCAGGACAAACCCAGAGGCAUCGCCGUCGACAGUUGCGGCAGCCGUCUGUUCUGGACCAACUGGAACAACCAACAACCGACCGUAGAGCGGGUCUACCUCUCCGGUUUCAACCGAGAAACCAUCAUAAAAACCGACAUACGGAUGCCCAACGGCAUAACACUGGAUCACAAAGCGCAGAAGCUGUACUGGGCGGACGCCGGACUGGACAAGAUCGAGCGUUGCGAGUACGACGGCACCAAACGUUUCAUAUUGGCCAAAGUCAAGCCACAGCAUCCGUUCGCGCUGGCCGUUUACGGCGACUACAUCUACUGGACCGAUUGGAUGAUGAUGGCCGUGCUCAGGGCGGACAAAUACACCGGACAGUUCGUCACGCACCUCCGCCGCGACAUUUCCAGACCCAUGGGCAUAGUGGCCGUUGCCAACGACACCGACGACUGCUUCUCCAAUCCUUGUCUGAUCAACAACGGAGGCUGCGAACAAUUGUGCAACCUGUCGCCCAAGGGGGCGGUCGAAUGUGCCUGCACCGACGGUCACACGUUGAGCAAAGACGGCCGCUGCUUCACCAACAGCCCACUAAACUGCAGUACCAGCAUAGACAGUUUCCGGUGCUCAGACGGCGGUUGCGUGCCCUUCGAGCUGACCUGCGAUGGCAUCUACCACUGCGCAGACCGGUCCGACGAAGAGAUCGGUUACUGCGCCCACAGAACGUGUCCGCAAGGUUGGUUUUUGUGCUUGAACAGGCGGUGCAUAUUGGAGAACAUGACGUGCAACGGCGUGGACAAUUGCGGAGACGCCACGGACGAACAGAACUGUUCCUGUUCCGAGACUGAACACUUCCAGUGCAAGAACGGGCAGUGCGUGCCGAAGGACGUUCGUUGCGAUUUUGAUCCCGAUUGCGCCGAUCGGAGCGAUGAAAUUGGUUGUCCGAUGCCGAACUGCACGGAAACCACAGGUAGUUCCUUCAUAAACUGUAAGUACACAACGGCAUGCAUCCACGUUAACUGGAUCUGUGACGGCUCGAACGACUGUUGGGACAACUCAGAUGAGGAGAAUUGUACAACUAAAACGCGUACCUGCGCCCCCAACCAGUUCCGUUGCACGACAGGCGAGUGCAUAAGCAUGGAAAACCGCUGCGACGGUCACAACGACUGCUCCGACGCCGUACCCUUCUUCCAUCUCAGUUCCGAUGAAGCCAACUGCUUCCCCACUUGCGGUGAGCAUCAAUUUGGCUGCGACGAAGAGAAGUGUUUACUCCUUUCCGCAAGAUGCAACGGAGUAGCCGACUGCAUUGACGGCACGGACGAAAGAAACUGCGAUUUAGAGUGCACUGCAAGUCAAUUCAAGUGCAAGAACAACGAGUGCAUUCCCAAAAUUUGGGAGUGCGACGGCAACCCAGACUGCACCGACGACUCCGACGAAACCGAACACUGCUUCAUGACCACAUGCAGCCACUACGAAUUCAGAUGUAACAGCACGGGCAAGUGCAUACCUAUGACAUGGGUAUGCGAUGGUGAACAGGACUGUUACGAGGGUACCGACGAACACCCAACACAAGACUGUGGCUACAGGACGUGCACGUCGGACCAGUUCCAGUGCAAGGACGGCAAGUGCAUCAGUCAGGAGUACUAUUGCGACGGUGACAUCGACUGCACCGACCUCAGCGACGAACGACAGGGAUGCUACAAAAACUGUGCUCCAUUCGAGUUUCGCUGCGCCAAUGGCAAGUGUUUACGCGACUUGCGCAAGUGUGACGGUCACGACGACUGUGGCGACAACUCGGACGAGGAGAACUGCCCGAACGAGGGUGGGUACUGCCAGAAGAUCGGGUGGUUCCACUGCGAAAACGGCGUUUGCCUCAACGACUCCCUUCUAUGCAACGGCGAGAACAACUGCGGUGACUACUCGGAUGAGCAAAAAUGCGGUAUCAAUGAGUGUACAGCAAAUCCACCACCUUGUGCUCAAAUAUGCGUGGACAAGCCGGUGGGUUAUGAAUGUCAGUGCAAUCCUGGAUAUAAAGUUAGCACGAAGAACAAACAAUUAUGUAAUGAUGCAAAUGAAUGCUUAGACCGGCCGUGCAGUCAACUUUGUCACAACACAAUGGGUUCUUACAUCUGCCACUGCGCACCCAAUUACCAGCCAGGACCUGAUGGCAAGUCAUGCGUGGCCCAAUCUAAAGAGAAGGUCAAAAUUAUUUUGGCAAAUAGAUAUUACAUCCGUGAAAUCGACCUCAUGGGCCAUUCGUCAUUGCUGGCCCACAACUUGACGAACGCCGUCGCCUUGGAUUACGACUGGGAGGGUCAGUGCAUAUACUGGUCCGACGUUACCCAAAUAGGAAGUUCCAUUAAAAGAAUGUGCGACUUCAACAGCAAUCACACCGAAUUUGAGCUGCUACACUUAUCGACCCUUCACAAUCCCGACGGAUUAGCGGUGGAUUGGGUUGCAAAGAACUUGUACUGGUGCGACAAAGGCUCAGACACAAUUGAAGUCUCUCGCCUAGACGGCAAAUUCCGCAAAAUCCUCAUCCAUAAGGGUCUCGAAGAACCAAGGGCGAUAGCCUUGGAUCCAUCGCAUGGAAGCAUGUACUGGAGCGACUGGGGCACGAGAGUGCACAUUGGAAAGGCGGGAAUGGACGGUUCCAACCCUCGCGUACUUAUUAAAACAGGUUUGGUGUGGCCCAACGCCCUGACAAUCUCCCACGAAACAAACGAACUGUUCUGGGCGGACGCCAGGAAAGAUUACAUAGCGGUAUCAGACUUGGAUGGCAACAAUGUUAAGAUCAUUACCAGCAGAAAACAAAAUCCAGACCUCCAGUUGCACCACGUGUUUGCAAUUGCCGUGUGGGAGGAUCACAUAUAUUGGACCGACUGGGAGACCAAAACGGUGGAGAGAUGCAACAAGUAUACGGGCGAAAACUGUUCGUCGAUUCUGACAACAGUGCACAGACCAAUGGACAUGCGAGUCGUGCAUCCCUUUAAACAGCCAAAGGUGGCAAACCCUUGCGAAUCAGCCAACUGUUCGGCUUUGUGUUUGCUGUCGCCCGAAGCACCGUACUACUCAUGCGCAUGCCCGGAGAACUACUACUUAGCUAACGACACCCGCACGUGUAUUUCGAACUGCACAUCAGUCCACUUCGAAUGCAAACACAGCUACAAAUGUAUCCCGUUCUGGUGGAGGUGUGACGCACAGGACGACUGCGGAGACGGCAGCGACGAACCGCCGGACUGUCCCAAGUUCCACUGCACGCCCGGCCAAUAUCAGUGCAAGAACGGACAUUGCAUCAAUCCCACCGACUUGUGCAACGGCAAAAACGACUGCAACGACAACUCGGACGAGGAGGAUUGCGACAGCUACACCUGCCUGAACACGCAAUUCAGAUGCAGGGGCAACGGCACAAUAACAUCCAUGUGCAUACCGUCCAAACAGAGGUGCAACAAACACGUGGACUGUCCUCUGGGUGAGGACGAGGAGGACUGUCCUCCGGCCGUCUGUCCGGACAGUCAGUUUAAAUGCAAUAACGACAAAUGCAUUCCCUCCGUUUGGGUCUGUGACAAGGACAACGACUGCACCGAUAACUCGGAUGAGGAGGAGGACUGCAGCAACAGGACGUGCAGUUCGCAGCAUUUCCGAUGCAAUUCCGGUCGGUGCAUCCCGGUCACGUGGAAGUGUGACGGUGACGCCGACUGUGCGGAGGGCGAGGACGAACCGGCCAGCUGCAGCCAGCCCGAGUAUCACACCUGUGAUCCCACAUACUUCAGGUGCAACAACAACAAGUGCAUUCCCGGCCGUUGGCAAUGCGACUACGAAAGCGACUGCGGCGAUGGCUCGGACGAAGUCGGGUGCACUCCAAGGAACUGUUCCGAAAGCGAGUUUCGAUGCGGCGACGGAAAAUGUAUCAGAGGUAACAUGCAAUGCGACGGGGAGUACCAGUGCGAGGACCGCAGCGACGAACUGAACUGCACGUUCAACUGCAAGGACAACGAAUUCCAGUGCGCCAAUCCCAAGAUCUGCAUUUACAAAGAAUGGCGAUGUGACGGUGAGGCGGACUGUGCAGAUGGAUCAGAUGAGUCGAACUGUAGCGAAAUCUGCCCGGGCAACGGGUUCAAAUGUAAGAACGGCUUGUGUAUCAGCGAAGAAUGGCGUUGUGACGACCAGGACGAUUGCGACGACGGUUCGGAUGAGGAAAACUGUCACAUGGUACAAUGUCCACCCGGAAGAUACCGUUGCGCCAAUCAUAAGUGCGUACCACAAUCGGCAGUUUGUGACGGACAUUCUCAUUGUACUGACGGAAGCGACGAACAUAUUUGCAAAAUGCUGGGAAUUUGUCAGGUGGGAGAGUUCAGGUGCACCGAUGGCGAAUGCCGGGAUAAGAGUCGUGUUUGCGAUGGCGUACCAGACUGUUUCGAUCAAUCGGACGAGGCGAAUUGCUCCAACUCCACCUGCCAUUGGGAUUCUUGUUCACAAAUAUGUGUACAGUCGAGACAUGAUCACGUGACAUGUAAAUGUGCCCCUGGAUAUUUGCACACCGGCCAUGGCAAGUGUUCGGCGGAAGGAGAAGUUGCGGAACUAGUAUUGGCUGUUGAAACUGAUUUACGAUUGAUGUCUCCGUACAAGCCCGGAGGCCAGGACAUCUUCAAAAGGACACUGGCGACCGGCUACAAAGUGGACGCUAUCGACAUCGUUUACGGGGGUCGUCAGGCCGUAGCUUUUUGGACCGACCACCACAACAAUCGCGUUCAAUCCCUGAUUAUCCGCACCGACAUCGAUGGCCGGUCGAACCGCGAUGCCGACGUCCCCAAAACCAUCCUAUCGAACUUACAGGAACCACGUGGUCUCAGCUUGGAUUGGGUCGCGGAGCGAAUUUACGUCACGGACCGUAAUCGAAUCUUGGUGUCCACUUUCGAUGGUAACACCACGUAUACGGUGCUCUCCGGAGGAAUGCAACAACCAAGGGACAUUGUGGUAGUACCGACGCACGGACUCAUGUUCUGGAUUGAUUGGGGCCCACCAGCAAAGAUUGAAGUGGCGCACAUGGAUGGAGACAAGAGGAAAGAUCUUACUAACCGUGCUAUGUUCUGGCCGACCAGUUUGGCCGUUGAUUAUACUACUAAGCGGAUUUAUUGGGCUGAUCCUAAAUUUAUGACUAUUGAAUGUACCACGUUUAACGGAGAAGAUAGACAAGUCGUCCAUCGAUUUGAAAUAGAUAUGAGACCUUACAAGAUUGAAGUGUUUGAGGAUAGUCUUUAUGCCUCCACGUACUUGAAGCACGACGUAAUACGUAUGAACAAAUUCGGCAAAGGCAAUAUUACACAUCUGGUCAGAGGACUAACCAGAGUAUCCGACUUGUUGAUCCUCCAAGAGAACAAACAUCCCAAAAUGAACAACACCUGCGACAACUUCUGCGAUUCCACCGAAUUCUGUUUGCUAACUCCCAACGGCGCCACUUGCAUCUGUGCCGACGGUUUUGUUAAGAACAUGUUGGCCUGCAGUCCCAAGUCAGAUCGAGCACUACCUUGUACGAUGGAAUGCGGCAGCGGCUCGUGUCAAAACAUUGAAGGAGGCGGUCAACGUUGUCACUGCCCCGUGCAGUACAACGGCCCGCACUGCGAACACUACCGUUGCUCCCACUAUUGCAACAAUCACGGUCUGUGCUACAUCGACGUGGCCACCGCCAAAGUGAACUGCCACUGCCGCCCAGAAUGGACCGGCGAACGGUGCGAGGCGCCGGUCAAUCUGUGCGAGAAUCGAUGCUACAACGGCGGCACCUGCUACAAGACCAGUCACGGCAUCCCUACUUGUCACUGUCGGCCGGGCAUCACGGGGCUGAGAUGCGAGAAGUGCGCCAAUCUCACGUGCCUGAACAACGGGUACUGCUCGAAGGAGUACGGCCACGAUGUAUGCAUAUGCCCGGGAGGCUACAAGGGCAAGCAUUGCGAGACCAAGAUAUGCGGUGAACACGGUACGGCGGUCGUGACUCCGAACAACGUGCACUGCAGUUGCAAGCUUGGCUACAGCGGCGAACACUGUGAACAAAUGUUGUGCCGUCAAGACUAUUGCCAAAACGGCGGUACCUGCGUGGCGAACGAGGUGGGCGCCCCGAAGUGCCUGUGCCCCCGAGACUGGACGGGCCCCCGUUGCGAGAUCGACAUCUGCGACCCACGACAACUGAAGUCGCACCCUGAUUUCUGCGUCGAAAGAUGCGGCUGCCACGAGGGACGUUGCGAGGCGUUCGAGGGCCAGUGGCUGUGCCGUUGCAAACCCGGCUGGGGAGGGGCCAAAUGCGAGCUGCAACUCAGCUACGCGGACCCGUGCUGGCGCUACUGCGGCGACGGCCUCUGCCAGAUUCUCUCGCUGAACUCGGAUCCGAUUUGCCACUGUCCGAGCAAGUGGGACGGGCCACGCUGCAACAUACUUAAGAAGUGCGUCGAUUUCUGCAAGAACGGCGGCACGUGCUCGAUGACCGUCGGCCUGCCGUACUGUCACUGUCCGCACAGAUACAGCGGACCUCAGUGCGAGAUCGAUCUGCUGCAGGGCGACAAGGAGGCGCUAGGCGAAGACGUGGAGGUGAAGAGUGGAAGGAGCGUUCUGGUGCCGAUAGGAAUAGCUUUGGCCGUAAUUGUGACGGUCAUUUUGAUCGGGCUGUUGGUGUUCGAGUAUGCGCUUAGACGUAGGCAGAGAUUCUCCCACGAAAGAUUGCAGGAGAACGAUUUCAAUAAUCCGAUUUACCAGGACAGGGACGCAGAACCGUUCACACUGGACGCCGAUAAGUCCGGCAACUUCGCAAACCCAGUAUACGAAUCGGUGUACAAUGGAACGAGCAGUGGGAAAGAUGAAAAAGCAGUACUCCUUGAAUAUAGAACUGACGAAACUCCGCCCGCCAGCACCGAGGAAAUUUAAUUUUACAUAUCAAGGUGUUUGAGUUUUAGAUUUCUUUUGAAUUUUAAUGCUGUGAAUUGUGCCAUUUUUAUUUAAAUUAAUUGUUUAAUUUUAGACACGGACACGAGUGCCGUUCUUCACAUAUAUUUUUUAUUAUUAUUUGACGAGAUCACAUGCAAAUUGAAUUUUAUCAUCAUAUUAUUUAAGAUUUCGAUUAUAUUAGUGUCAAUUAAAUAUCUUAGUGGCAUCAGUCGAUAAUUCGAAUGUUGUAGAAAACUGUUUGCAAUAUAAAUAAAAGCUUUAAUGAGAUGAUAUUUUGAUUAGCAUGUCUUCUCAAAAUUUAUACAAUAUACAAAAGGAUUUUUAACUAACAGACUACAUUAAUUACGUCCUUGUAUAUAAAAACAACUAUUGCGACUGAUAUUAAAAUAAAUUAUAUUUUUAUUCAAUAUAUAUACAAAAUAUAUUUAUAGCAUGGUUGUAAAUUUGAGAUUAUUAGCAGCAAUUGUCAGCUGUACAAAAUUAUUGUGUAAAUUCUAUGUGUGACAAGCCUAGUUGUGGUAAUUUUUAAAUGAAUGUGCUCAAUACUCAUUUACAAUAUUUUCUGUAUUAUAAUUAUAUUAUAACUUGAUUAGUGUAAUUAUUUUUUUUAAUAUAGGUUUUUUAUUAAAUGAAUGAAGAGAUGUAUAAGAUAAAUGUUA